CUUCCCGCACACGUCUCAAGAAAAGCAAAGCUGUUCCCCCUACUCCUUAGGACCACACGGGACAACAGGGAAGGACGCGGAGAUGGGGAGGGGGUCGAAAGCAAUCAAGGUCUGGGGAGCCAGCCAACAUUGCCACACUCAAGAUGGCGGCGAGGCCGUGGCGAGGUCCCUCAGAGGCGGUACCAACGCAUGCGCAGCGCGGAGUCCCGGCCCGGGACACAAGAUGGCGGCAGCGGCGCUGGGGAGGGCGAGGCGGAGGCGGCAAAACGGGCGGUCGAGCAGAACGUGUGGCCGCAUCCCCUCGAGUCCGCUUCGGGCAGCUGCUGAUGCACGGAGUCCCCUGGGUCCCUGUCAACUACACUGCUGACCAGCCUACCUUCCUGAGCUGCACCUUCCUGUGGGUCUCCCCCCUGCUUCUGUGGGACCCUGUGACGUGGGUUCAGCCCAGCCAGAGAAGAAAACCCUCUCAUGCUAGUGUUGCAGACCCCAGAGGGUCCCGUGUGGCUGCUGAGAUGGCCAAUGAGAAUCACGGCAGCCCCCGGGAGGAAGCAUCCCUUCUAAGUCACUCUCCAGGCACCUCCAAUCAGAGCCAGCCCUGUUCUCCAAAGCCAGUCCGCCUGGUACAGGACCUCCCAGAGGAACUGGUACAUGCAGGCUGGGAGAAGUGCUGGAGCCGGAGGGAGAGCCGUCCCUACUACUUCAACCGAUUCACCAACCAGUCCCUGUGGGAGAUGCCCGUGCUGGGCCAGCACGAUGUGCUUUCCGACCCUUUGGGGCUGAAUGCAACCCCACUGCCCCAAGACUCAAGCUUGGUGGAAACUCCGCCAGUGGAGAAUAAGCCCAGAAAGCGGCAGCUCUCAGAAGAGCAGCCAAGUGGCAAUGGUGUAAAGAAGCCCAAGAUUGAAAUACCCGUGACACCCACAAGCCAGUCGGUACCCAGCUCCCCCAGCAUCCCAGGAACCCCAACACUAAAGAUUUGGGGUGCAUCUGCUGAAGAUAAACAGCAAGCAGCUCUCCUCCGACCCACCGAGGUGUACUGGGACCUGGACAUCCAGACCAAUGCUGUCAUCAAGCACAGGGGUCCUUCAGAGGUCCUGCCCCCACACCCUGAGGUCGAGCUGCUCCGCUCUCAGCUCAUCCUGAAGCUACGCCAGCACUACCGGGAGCUGUGCCAGCAGCGGGAGGGCAUUGAGCCACCCCGAGAAUCUUUCAACCGAUGGAUGCUGGAGCGCAAAGUAGUAGACAAAGGAUCUGACCCCCUGCUGCCAAGCAACUGUGAUCCAGUUGUGUCACCUUCUAUGUUUCGUGAAAUUAUGAAUGACAUUCCCAUCAGGUUAUCCAGAAUCAAGUUCCGGGAGGAAGCCAAACGCCUGCUCUUUAAAUAUGCAGAGGCUGCCAGGAGGCUCAUUGAGUCCAGGAGCGCAUCCCCUGACAGCAGGAAAGUGGUCAAGUGGAAUGUGGAAGACACCUUCAGCUGGCUUCGGAAGGACCAUUCAGCCUCCAAGGAGGACUACAUGGACCGCCUGGAGCAUCUGCGGAGGCAGUGUGGGCCCCAUGUCUCCGCUGCAGCCAAGGACUCUGUGGAAGGCAUCUGCAGCAAGAUCUACCAUAUCUCCCUGGAGUAUGUUAAACGGAUCCGAGAGAAGCACCUCGCCAUCCUCAAGGAAAACAACAUCCCAGAGGAGGCGGAGGCCUCAGAGUUGGAGCCCCGCCUGGUGUACUGCUACCCAGUCCGUCUAGCUGUGUCUGCACCCCCCAUGCCUAAUGUGGAGAUGCACAUGGAGAAUAGUGUGGUCUGCAUCCGGUAUAAGGGAGAGAUGGUCAAGGUCAGCCGCAGCUACUUCAGCAAACUGUGGCUCCUUUAUCGCUAUAGCUGUAUUGAUGACUCUGCCUUUGAGAGGUUCCUGCCUCGAGUCUGGUGUCUUCUCCGUCGGUACCAGAUGAUGUUUGGCGUGGGCCUCUAUGAGGGGACUGGUCUGCAGGGAUCACUGCCUGUGCACGUCUUUGAGGUCCUCCAUCGACUCUUUGGUGUCAGUUUCGAGUGCUUCGCCUCACCCCUCAACUGCUACUUCCGCCAGUACUGUUCUGCCUUCCCUGACACAGAUGGCUACUUUGGCUCCCGCGGGCCCUGCCUGGACUUCGCCCCACUGAGUGGUUCCUUUGAGGCCAACCCUCCAUUCUGCGAGGAGCUGAUGGAUGCUAUGGUCUCUCACUUUGAGAAACUGCUGGAGAGCUCAGCAGAGCCUCUGUCCUUCAUUGUGUUCAUCCCCGAAUGGCGGGAGCCCCCCACGCCAGCGCUCACCCGAAUGGAGCAGAGCCGCUUCAAACGCCACCAGCUGGUCCUGCCCGCCUUUGAGCACGAGUACCGCAGUGGCUCCCAGCACAUCUGCAAGAAGGAGGAAAUGCACUACAAGGCCGUCCACAACACAGCCGUGCUCUUCUUGCAGAAUGACCCCGGCUUUGCCAAGUGGGGGCCAACGCCGGAACGGCUGCAGGAGCUCACCACUGCCUACAAGCAGUCGGGCCGCAGCCACGGCUCCAGCUCUUCCUCAUCCUCUUCCUCAGAGGCCAAGGACCGGGACUCCAGCCGGGAGCAGGGCCCUAGUCGAGAGCCUCACCCCACUUAACAUAUCCUGCGGGGAGGAGGAGCCCAGGGGUGCUGUUACAGACUGCUGAGACUCAGUCCUCAGGGCUGAGCAGGCCCCAGGCCUUCCCCUGAGGUGGCAGCAGGACGUGGGCUGCCAAGGACAUAGGAAUAUUAUGGCUCUGCCAGGGCUCCCCCUCCCUGCUCUCAUUCCCUCAGACUCACCAAGUCCCUUGUAAAUAGGCCCAUGCCUCCUCAGCCCCACACUGACCCUGUUGCUGCCUUGUUUCAUUUGUAAAAGGAAAUACAGAAACUCCCUAAGAGUG